AUGGGUUCUGUAUUGCAAGUCAACCCUACUACACGUACUAAUAGGCAGCAUAGGGGAAGGGGAGCUAUACCUAGGAAUCAACAACACGAAAACUUUGUUAUAAAUUCCCUUUUCCUUAUCAGGAUUGGGACUAAGAAGAAUGGUUGGGAUAACAAAGAUCCAUCUCGUCCGUACUUUGGAUACCCUUAUAACCAUCGAAGACUGUUGAAGUGAUUAAUUCCUAGAAAUUAAGGGGCGUUGAGAACAAAGAAAUUGUUGGAGUUUCCAUUUUAUUUAGUACCAGUACCAACACGCACGGUGUUAAGAAAAAAUCUCUUUUGCA